AGAUACAGAGAGACCUUCCGAAACUCGCGAGGAAUUCGCUCUUCUCUUCGUCUGAAACUAAAGAGUCUUAAGACGAAGAGAGAGGAUAUCAGAGAAGAAGAUGUUACUGAAGAAGCCAUCUCACUCGUGGUGGUUUGACAGUCACAACAGCCCAAGACGUACUCCAUGGCUCCAAUCCACUCUUUCAGAGCUAGACCAGAAGACGAAGGCAAUGCUGAAGUUGAUCGAGGAAGACGCGGACUCCUUCGCUAAGCGAGCAGAGAUGUACUACGAGAAGCGACCGGAGCUAAUAACCAUGGUUGAAGAUUUCUACCGUGCCCACCGUUCCUUGGCUGAGCGGUAUGAUCAGCUCAAAUCAGACACUGGAAACCGUUUGUUGGGGACCCUUCACAACCUACACCGGUUGCAGAGAUCAACAAGCCCUGUGGGGAAAUCAUAUGACACUGACUCGGAAAGCUAUGAAUCAGCGGAGUCUGGGGAGUCUGAAGUUGAUGACCCUGAGGAGCCAGAGAAGGAACAAGGCCAAGUUGGAACCAGAGAAGCAGAAGUUGUAACAGAAGAUAAUGAUAGUGAAGUGCUGAAACUAAUGGGAGGAGAAAUAGAGAAACUCAAGGAGGAAAACAGGAUUCAGAAAGCCCAGUUGAUGGAGAAAGAUGAAGAGAAGAGGGAAGUCAUAAGACAGUUAAGCUUGGCUUUGGAGACAUUGAAGGAGGAAAACAGGACUCAGAAAGCCCAAUUGAUGGAGAAAGAUGAAGAGAAGAGGGAAGCUAUAAGACAGUUAAGCUUGGGUUUGGAGACAUUGAAGGAGGAAGACAGGAUUCAGAAACCCCAAUUGAUGGAGAAAGAUGAAGAGAAGAGGGAAGCCAUAAGACAGUUAAGCUUGGGUUUGGAGAUAUCGAAGGAGGAAAACAGGAUUCAGAAAGCCCAAUUGAUGGAGAAAGAUGAAGAGAAGAGGGAAGCCGUAAGACAGUUAAACUUGGGUUUGGAGAUAUUGAAGGAGGAAAACAGGAUUCAGAAAGCCCAAUUGAUGGAGAAAGAUGAAGAAAAGAGGGAAGUCAUAAGGCAGUUAAGCUUAGCUUUGGAGAUAAUGAAGGAGGAAAAUAUUAAUUUGAAGAAAUGUCUUGCCAUUGCCAAGGAGGACUCGUCCAGGAAAAGUAGGGAUCCCUUCCAACUUAACAAACUAAAAGAAAUCUUCAUUGGAAAGCUAUUUAUGGUGGAUCUUCACUAG